CGGGGCUUUCGUUUACUGGUAUUCGGCUUGGCGUCUCGCAGCAGUUAGCGUGCAGUGAAUGUCACCGGCGAAACUAUGCAAGAAACCACCCAUGCUGUUACUGCUGGAUGUGGUCGCCGGGGCGUUUGCAAGUGACACUUCCAUCUAAGGCCACUGCGUACUCCUGUCACCUUAUCUUGCUCACUCAUCAAUCUCAAGUGAGGUACAAGGAGGUGAUAAGAGGGACCCAAGACCUCCACAGUUUCGCCUUCCGGACAUUUGAGCGGGGUAUCAUGUGGGUCGUUCUGCUUUGGCUCGCAGGCUCAGCGUGGCUUCAACCAUGCACAGGCUUCGAAUUAGAGCCGAAAUCGGAGCAAGAGCAACAUCUCCCUACUCCUGAGGAAGCCCUAAUAAAGGCACACGCCUGGCUUCGUGAACACUCCUGCAAUGAGACACUCGGGCGUGCCCCGAGACAGGCACACAGGCGGGCCAUAGCGUUGGCUUUGACGGAACCUUACUUUUUCGAGACGUCAACCUGCGUGUCGCAGCCCCUUCUUCACGUGCGAGAGCUCCAGCUGCAACUUGUAACGCAAAUAUCCAGCGGAAGCGCGUCUGCUGGGCAACUUGCUCUGCACGUUCUUGGUCAUGCGGCAGCCUGCCAGAACCCUCGAGAUGUGCUCGGUAUGGACCUCGUGGCGCUCCUUCAGGAGGAGAAAGAACGGCAUUUCAAUACUACCGGCCACAGAAAUCGGUACUCCGAAGCAUUACAGAUCCUCGCCUAUUGCACGUUAGAUAUCAGGAACCCGGAGCUAUGGAACGCCUCCCUUCAGAACCUGCACGAACUGAAGCAUCUUCCAGCAGCUUCCUUGAUACCUGACUCUGUAGCCAUGAACAUAUUAGCUCUAAUGUGCCUACAAGGCACGAACUCAACAUCACGGGACAGCAUAAAUCAAGAACCACUGAUGAUCGAAGCUCUACACGAGAUGGCAUCCAGUCAGAAGCCUGACGGAAGCUUCGGGAACGUUCACAGUACGGCACUCGCUGCCCAGGCGUUAAAGGCAGCUGGUUACAUUAGCUGGAAUUCCGAACUGGCAAUGCAGUUCCUGUUGCGGCACCAGAAGAGCAACGGUGACUUUGGGGGAUUUCUGGCCACUUAUUCGGUUUUGCCGCUGCUCGCUGGCACAACCAUGGCACAACUCAGGCGCUAUCGGCAACAACACUGCGAGAUCUACGGAGAUUUAUCGGAAAAUUACUUACUGUCGUCUUCAGAGAUGCCCGUCAAACGCAUCAUCUCCGUCUGGUAUUCCAUCUGGGUGGGCGGCGAAGCCCACAAUAGGUCCAGUACAACAGUGUGGAUAUCAUCUGGAUCCUCAAUGCUUGAUGUCAUGCGGACAGCUGCAGAAAAGGACAGCCGAUUUCGAUUUGAAUGGGAGGAGUCAGACUUUGGACCCUACGUGACGUCUGUAUCGGGUAUUCCUUCCAAUGCCACCACGCACGAAUAUUGGCUUGGGCAUAGCAUGAAUUUCAUCACCGGCGUUGUCACCCCACUGCAAGUUGGUGUGGGAUCCCACAUCGUUAACGACUCUGACCAUGUGAUCAUGUGGUACAAACAGCUACACUUUUAGCCGUCUGACGAACAAACGUCACACGCCGCACCUGUACAUUGUUGAAAGGUAGCUGGACUAGCACAGCCUCGUACGUGAACACUAUGAGUGAACAUUGGAGAAACCCAAACAAAAAAAAAA